CGAGCUGCAACUAGUGUGGCACCGGGUGGACCCACCUAGCACCAUAGGCUAGAUAGAAGUAGCUAGGUCUAGUUGUGCGCAGCUGUACAACGGACACUAUUCACACGCUUUUUGAGAAAUGAUUCAUCCACUCAACGGCGGCAUUUCAGUCUGUAGCACCGCCUGCUGCUUUUUGCACGUUUUUCGCCGCGUUUUGUCCCCCAUUGUCGACGUUAGCGUGCUGGUCAGUUAGCCUCGGUGAGCUAAGUAGCCAGCUUUACCUACUGUUCUAGGUGUCAAAAUUUGCAGUGACUUCAUUGGGUUGCUUGAGCAACUAACAGCUUUGGGACACGUCAAGGGUUCUACACAUUGGUGUGUGGGUUCCGGUGGGUGUCAUGUCCGAGCCCAAGACAGCCACUCCAACCCCUGCUGGAGACACAUACAAGGGAUGGGUGUUCAAGUGGACGAAUUACAUCAAGGGUUAUCAGCGGCGCUGGUUCGUCUUGAGCAAUGGCUUGUUGUCCUACUACAGGACUCAGGCGGAAAUGGGGCACACGUGCCGCGGCACCAUCAAUCUGGCGACGGCGACCAUCACGGUGGACGACGCGUGCAACUUCGUCAUCUCUAACGGCGGCGCGCAGACGUACCACCUGAAGGCCAGCUGCGAGGUGGAGCGACAGCGCUGGAUCACCGCGCUGGAGCUGGCCAAGGCCAAAGCGGCACGACUUCAGCCCGAGUCGGAUGACUCAGGUGACGACUUCUCCCAGUCCCCCCCGACCGCACCCUCCGGCAAAGGCGGCGGCGGCCCGCAGAAUUCCGAAGUCCAGUCGGCGCUCCGGACCCUGGGCAGCAAGGUGGAGGAUCUGAGCACGUGCAACGAUCUCAUCUCCAAGCACGGCUCCGCUCUCCAGAGGUCUUUGUCGGAGCUGGACAGUUUGCGUCUGACGGGAGAGGCGGGAGAUAAAAUUCGUCAGGUGACGGAGAGAGCCACGCUGUUCCGCAUCACCUCCAACGCAAUGAUCAAUGCGUGUAGAGACUUCCUGGCGCUGGCGCAGGCGCACAGCAAACGUUGGCAGAAGGCGCUGCAGGCGGAGCGGGAGCAGCGGGUGCGACUGGAGGAGACUCUGGAGCAGCUGGCCAAGCAGCACAACCACCUGGAGCGAGCCUUCCGCGGGGCCGCCGCGCAGGCCAACGCCACCGCCGACAAUAAGAGCGCCGUGGGAGCGGCAAAGGGCGAGGCCAGCGACGAGGAUGACGACAACGAGUUCUUUGACGCCGUGGAAGAAGCAGCCGAGUUCAUCACCGUUCCCGCGGACCCUCACUUCCACAAGAGGUCGAGCAGUAACGCCAGCGGAUUCAAUAGUGAAAUGUGUUCAGAUGAUCAGUCGCUGAACGAGGAGCCUCUGGCCAUGAGCCAGGAGUCGCCCUCGCAGGAGUUGUUGCCGCUGAAGAAGAGGCGCACGCGCAUCCCAGACAAGCCCAACUACUCCCUCAACCUGUGGAGCAUCAUGAAAAACUGCAUCGGCAAGGAGCUCUCUAAGAUUCCCAUGCCCGUGAACUUCAACGAGCCCAUUUCUAUGCUGCAGCGUCUGUCCGAGGACCUGGAGUACCACGACUUGCUGGACAAGGCGACCAAGUGCCACAGCUCGCUGGAGCAGAUGUGCUACGUGGCCGCCUUCUCCGUGUCCUCCUACUCCACCACCGUCCACCGCACGGGCAAGCCCUUCAACCCGCUGCUGGGCGAGACGUACGAGCUGGACCGCCGGCGGGAGAGCGGCUACCGCUCCCUCUGCGAGCAGGUCAGUCACCACCCGCCGGCCGCGGCCCAUCACGCCAUCUCCGAUCGAGGCUGGACUCUAAGGCAGGAAAUCACCGUCGCGAGCAAAUUUCGGGGAAAAUAUCUCUCCAUCAUGCCGUUAGGCACCAUUCACGCCAUCUUUGAGAAGGGCAACAAUCACUACACGUGGAAGAAAGUGACCACCACAGUGCACAACAUCAUAGUUGGGAAACUCUGGAUUGACCAGUCGGGAGAGAUCGACGUGGUGAACCACACCACCGGAGACCGCUGCCAUUUGAAGUUUGCGCCUUACAGUUACUUUUCCAGAGACGUGGCUCGAAAGGUGACCGGCGUGGUGAUGGACAAGGAAGGCAAGGCCCACUACGUGUUGUCGGGCACGUGGGAUGAGAAGAUGGAGUUUUCCCGAGUGAUGCAAAGCACCCGCGGCGGGGAGAACGGCUCCGAGGGCAAACAAAAGACAGUCUACCAAACGCUGAAAGCCAGAGAGGUGUGGCGGAAGAACCCUUUGCCUGAAAGCGCGGACACCAUGUACUACUUCACCGCCUUGGCGCUCACGCUAAACGAGCCCGAGGAGCCCGUGGCGCCCACAGACAGCCGGCGCCGACCCGACCAGCGGCUCAUGGAGGACGGUCGCUGGGACGAGGCCAACAGCGAGAAGCAGCGGCUGGAAGAGAAGCAGCGCAUCGCCCGGCGCGAACGCGAGCGCGAGGCUCUCAGCCAGCGCACCUCCAGCCACUCCGAUGAAGGCGCACCUCACGACCUCUACAAGGCACUUUGGUUCGAGCGCUGCCAGGACCGGAUCACAGGUGAGCAGGUCCACAUCUAUAAGGGCGGCUACUGGGAAGCCAAGGAGCGCGGCUGCUGGGAGGGCUGCCCAGACAUAUUUUGAC